AUGCCCGCGUUGGACGACUCGGAGAUUUCGGUGCCGCCGUACAUCGGCGAGGAGUUGAUCUUGCAGUCGAUCACCGACGGUUUGCGGGUGAAGAAUGUCCGGCUCGUCGAGUACAAGAUCUCGCGUGCGGUAUCCGCCGGGGACAACUACAUGAGCGAUGUGUACAGAAUCGUAGUUCACUUCACGGGUGAGUGCGCCGCGACCGAUCGGUCGAUCACGGUGGCCCCGGAUGGCACGACGAAAACCGUUUCGCUCGUGGUGAAAAGCCUUCCGAACACCGGCAAACGGGGCACGAUCAUCGAGGAUCUGCAGACGUACGAGAAGGAGGUGGCCAUGUUCCGGGACGUGGUGCCGAAGUUGUCGCAGAUGGUGGAGGGGACGUUCUUUGCCGCUCGCUGCUACCACGCGACUAACGUCCCGGACCGGGUGAUCGUGUUCGAGGACCUGAAGGCGCUCGGGUACGUGAACAGCAACCGGCAGGCCGGCUUCGACUUCCACCAGUGUGCCCUGGUGAUGGAGAAGAUUGGUCGGUUUCAUGCCGCCUCGAUGCGGCUUGCCGAGCAGGAGCCGGAGCUGAUGCGCAAGCAGUUUCACUUCAACAUGUUCAACCCGGACGGUGGGCAGGCAAACGACGACAUCCAUGCCGUCUUUGAGAAGGGGCUGGCAACGUUGAUCGGGGUGGUGCGCAAAAACUGGGCCGGUUUCGAUCCGUCGAUUGUGGCCAAGCUGGAGCGGUUGGUGCCCGUUUACGUUGACCGCUUGCGCAAGUGUCUGGAGCAGGACGUGGAGACGGACGGUGGCUUCCGGGUGCUGAACCACGGGGAUCUCUGGUCGAACAACAUCAUGAUCCGCUACGAUACGAACGAGCCGAACACCGUGCGGGACGUGGUGUUUGUCGAUCUGCAAAUUAGCUUCUACACCAGCCCGGGAAUCGACUUGAACUACGUCCUCGCCAACUGCCCGAACUACGAGACAAGGACGCGGCUCGAUGAACUGCUCGACGUGUACUACCGAUCGUUCAGUGGGACGCUCCGGCAGCUCGAGUACCACACCGUGCCUACGAUGGAGCAGGUUCGGCGCGAGAUCCGCCGGAUGGAGUUCUUCUCGCUGGUCUCCGUCGUUUCCAUACUGCCGAUCGUGCUGAUGGACCACACGGACGAGGUCGUGGCCGACAUGGAAAGUUUGCUCAGCGACGGCGCGGACGGGGAGAAGGCUCGCGAAAUCCAGUACAACGGGGCCAACUAUCAGCGCAUCGUGCGCCCAAUGUUGGUCGAGUUCAAUCGCCGGGGGUUGUUGGAUCUCUGAGGAGAAGGAAGAAGAACACUAAGCAAAGCGUGUAAAUAACGAACAAGUGAAACAGGGGCUUGAAUAUCAGGUGCUAUCGAAGCAACCCUGGCGAUGAGCUGCUUUUUCCACUUACCUGUGAUUUUACAGUACUUUUCCUUGCGCCUCGAAUUCUCAGUCAAUUUUCAUCUUUUCCGCUAACAUUUUCAUGCAUCUUACCACAAAACUAUUAUAAUUAAAUAUCGAAUACUAUAAAUUGAAGAAUGGAUAGCUUUCUGCUUUCAGGUAGAGUUACAACGAAACGAAAAGUCGAUUUAAAGAAAAUCAUCGAAAAGGCGUUGCAAUUACGCCGGAAGCGAAAAUAAGUUGGAAUUGAAUUGUCGAAAUGGAUCACAAAACUGUCGAAAACGGGUUUAACAAAUUAGUUUAGUUGGCGAAAGAAAAUUGAAUGAAAAAAGACGCUUGCACUGAAGUCAUCAAAAUAAAUGACGUUGUAUCACUUUAAAUACGGUAAUGCCAAUUUCUCUCUAUAGCGUGAUUU